GACGACUGUCUCAAUUGGAGAAUAUUACCACCGGACAACCUUCCUUCGGCAUAUACACCCGAUGUCAUCCUUCUUUACAUUACCCGCUUCCCAGCGGAAGCGCAAGAGGGAGGACCGCGCUGGAGCCCCCGCCUCAAAGAAACGGGGCGUUGAUGUUGAUGGAGAUGCACGAAACAAGAAUGCGAGGAAGAGUAGGGAACGGGACGAGUCUAUUUCAGGUAGCGAUUUAGACGAGGAUGCGGAGAGUGUGGCAUCAGUGGUCUCAGAGGAAGAAAGUGGCUCUGAGUCGGAUGAUGGAGAGACUGCCGCGGAUCGAAGACUGAAAUUGGCGGAGCGAUACCUGGAAAAUGUUCGAGAGGAAGUGGAUGAUUACGGGUUUGAUGCUGCAGAAAUCGAUCGAGACUUGAUUGCUGAGCGACUUAAAGAGGACGUGGACGAAUUCAAAGGACGAGUAUACCGGCAAAUCGCUUCCGACUUGGCUUUUUCGACCGCUUCGCAUGCGUUCUUUCGGGCAGACACUCAAACCACAACUUCGAUUGCCAUACACGCACCAUAUAUCUAUACGGUUUCGAAGGAUAGAACUCUGAUUAAGUGGGAGCUUGCAACACCCGGAGCGGCAGGCACAGCUACAACAAAUGGAGCGGAGAACACAUCUAAACGGCCUCCCAAGCCGCAACGGAAGAAGCCGAAACAGGUGCGAUUCACAAGAGGCCUGCAGAAGGUUGCGGAAAGCGCAGAUGAGCAAGGUCAUACCAAGAACAUACUGUCAGUGGCAGUAUCCCCAUCUGGAAGGUUCGUUGCUACUGGAGGAGAGGACAAUAAGCUUAUCAUCUGGGAUGCUGCAACAUUGACGCCUUUGCAAACCUUCUCCCAACAUCGCGAUUCUGUCAGCGGGCUGGCCUUUGCUCGCCACAUCUCCGCCAUGAGUUCAGGAGAGCAAUUAUUCUCCGGAUCCUUUGAUCGAACGAUCAAGACUUGGUCUAUCAGCACCGCCGGCCAUGCCUACGUAGAGACAUUAUUUGGCCACCAAGACAAUGUCGCCUCAGUUGCCGCCAUGACAAUUGACCAGUGUAUCAGUGUCGGAGCCCGAGACCGCACCGCCAGGUUGUGGAAGGUUGUUGAAGAAUCUCAGCUGAUCUUCCGCGGUGGCUCCUCGAAAAACACAUACAAAGAGAACAACAUUGACUGUAUCGCCCCAUUACCGCCUACUCACUUCGUCACCGGUUCUGACAACGGCUCCAUCUCUCUAUGGUCCAUCCACAAAAAGAAACCUCUUUACACCAUUCCUCACGCUCAUGGCUUUGACCCAAUUCCCCCAGUAGAGCUAAUAUCUCCGGAAGUUGACCAACAAACAGCCGAGUCGAAUGCGCGCUUUCUGAGGCCCACCCCUCGUUGGAUUACAGCCCUUACCACGGUCCCGGGCACAGACAUUGUCCUCAGCGGCAGCUGGGACGGCUGGAUCCGCGCGUGGAAGAUUUCAGACGACAAGAGAACGAUCCAACCUCUAGGCCCCGUUGGCGCGGGCACAUACCGCUCAACAAACGCACCCGAUACCCCCUCCAAACAACUAGAGCAGAGCCUUGCGUCUGCCAAUCCAUCCCACAGACAGAGUCUCACCAACAUAAACUUUGAACCAGAGUCUGAGCCGCUCGUAAAGGGUGUCGUCAACGGCAUUGCUGUAUUCGAGCGUCGGGCAGAAACCGCGAAGCCGGGACAAGUCCCCUCUGAAUCAAAAUCAAAACCGUCAAAAACAAGUCCGGAAGCGCGCGGUCUCUGUAUCGCUGUUGCAAUUGGAAAAGAGCACAGAUUCGGGCGUUGGAAAUGUUACGCGAAUAACUACCACAAGGGGUCUGCUUCGGACGGUCGAAACGGGGCCAUGGUCUUUGAGGUUCCCUUUAUUGCUGGUAGUGUUGGUCAGGAGGACGAACCCUCUAAUUGA